AUGGAGAAGUCCGUAUGUAGCAUAAGGAAUGCUGUGAGAUAUGUUAGAAGUUCUGGUGCAAGGUUAGAUGAAUUCAAAAGUUGUGUAGAGAAGGAGAAAGUUGAAUGCAAUAAGAUUUGCAUAUUAGAUAUUCCGACAAGGUGGAAUUCCACCUUUCUUAUGUUGGAUACAACUUUGGAGUUGAAAAAAGGUUUUGUUAGGUUGGAUGAUGAGGAGGAUUCAAAGUACAAAAGCUACUUUGAUGAAGAGGAGGAAUUUGAGGAAGAUGAUGAAGAUGAGAGACCGAAGAAGGCUGCUGUUAAAAGGGUUGGGCCACCAAAUGAUACAGAUUGGGACAAUGCAGCAAUCUUUGUGAAGUUUUUGAAGGUAUUUUAUGAUGUGACACUUAAUGUUAGUGCUUCACUUACACCUACUGCCCACAAGGCAUUUCAUGAUAUUGUUGGCAUCAAAGCAGAGCUUGAAGAACUCAAUUCUGGUGGUAUAGGACCAGAAUCAACCCAAGCAGAUAAAGUGUUGUACAACAUGGCAGUUAAGAUGAAGGCAAAGUAUUCGAAGUAUUUUGGUUCGUUGGAUGAAUUGAAUCAACUUUUCCUAGUUGCCUUAGUCUUAGUUCCUAGGUAUAAAUUUAGAAACAUUGCUCAUGUGAGUGAAACAAUGUUGAAUUUGAGUAGUUGGGAGAUCAAGGAGAAAUGUGAUGAAGUGAAGCAGCUUGUUGUCGAUCUAUGUGACUUGUAUGGUCAGCAAAAUGGUGCAAGCAGUGGGCAGAACAAGUCUAAAGGUGCACCAAAUAGUGAUACAGCAACUAGCAAGUCUAGAAGCAGAACAAGGUCACUUAGUGGGAAGAGGGCAAUUAUGCAAGAAGAAUGGAACCGACAGCUAGAACAAAAUAAUGAAGCUGUUGUGGGACAUGAGGUGGAUAGGUAUUUACUGGACCUUAUAGAAAAUCCAAUUCAACAAGAUGAUUGGAAGAUUUUGGAUUGGUGGAAGCUGAAUGGAGGUAAAUAUCCCAACUUGCAAGCAUUGGCCAGAGAUGUAUUAGCCAUACAAGUGUCCACAGUUGCAAGUGAGUCGAGUUUCAGCACCGGAAAAAGAGUGAUAGAUCCAUACAGAAGCUCCUUAAAUCCCAAAACUGUUGAAAAGCUUAUUUGUCUUCAAAAUUGGUUGAAGUCUGAUGCUAUUAUGGGGUUGGAGUACAUUCCUACUAUAGAGGAAAUGGAGUCCUAUGAAAACAUUGAAGCCGAUAGGUUGGGUACAAAUGAAGAUUUCCAGCAGGUCUGCUGCGUUGAGCGGGUGGGACAGAGGCCGUGCACGCAAGGCUUGCUGUCAGUCGGGGAGGUGAUGCAGGCGGGAUCGAUGUGGGAUCUGCUGUGUCUGGGAUCUGCUGCAGAAGGUGGGCUCCGGCGGUGCUGGGCUAGAGGCAGCGAUGCUGGAAACUGGAGGCAGAGUGCUGCUGUUGCAGCGUAG